GUGGGCCUCGCUCCCGCCGCCGCCGUCUUUCUCUGUCUCGGUUGAGGCAGCCAUCUUGCUCUUGCCGCGUGCUGGUGUUGGAGGACCCUCCCUGCUUCAGGGCACAGCUCGCAGAAAGAAGAAGGUGGUACAUAGAACAGCUACAGCUGAUGACAAAAAGCUUCAGAGUUCUCUAAAAAAACUGGCUGUYAAUAAUAUAGCUGGUAUUGAAGAGGUGAACAUGAUUAAAGAUGAUGGGACAGUUAUUCAUUUCAACAAUCCCAAAGUCCAAGCUUCCCUGUCUGCCAAUACCUUCGCAAUUACUGGUCAUGCAGAAGCCAAACCAAUCACAGAAAUGCUUCCUGGAAUAUUAAGUCAGCUUGGUGCUGACAGCUUAACGAGCCUUAGAAAGUUAGCUGAACAGUUCCCACGGCAAGUGUUGGACAGUAAAGCACCAAAACCGGAAGACAUUGAUGAAGAGGAUGAUGAUGUUCCAGAUCUCGUAGAAAAUUUUGAUGAAGCAUCAAAGAAUGAAGCUAACUAAAAUUUUUUUUGGCAUUUUGAAGCUGGCAUGGACUAGAUUUAACAAAUCAGCUAUGUGGUUCCAAAGUUUUACAGACACAGAGAACAUCACGUGUUACUAGUUCAGUAAUAUAAAUAUUUUGUAUAUUAAUAAUGCUGUUUCUUCAGCAUUUUUCAGUCAUUUGAUUUUGCAUUUUGCACUUCUUCCCAGGAUCUAUUCUUUUGGUCAAAUAUGAAGUAUUGGUGCAGUUUGAGGGUGUUUUGGUUUUUACUUCUUGGUUUUUUGUUUUGUUUUGGGGGGGGUAUUUUUGGUGUAUGUAUGUAUUAUGUAUGCGUGUGGGUAUGUGUGUAUACAGUGGAGAAGAAAUUGGAAAACAGUUCUAUUUAUCCUCUUCCUUCCCCCAGUAGAAAUAAAACAAAUCUUUACAUUCGUUACCUUUUUUUUUUUUCUAAUUAUGCACAGAAUUAAUGUAAAGUGAAUUCUUUGAUUUCAGAUCUGAAGAGAGUUUUUUACCAUUGGAGAUUUGGUUUUAACUUGCUUGGUAAACGAUCAUAUUUUUCAUAUAUUUCUCUGGGUUUAAAAUGUUUUUGAGAUUUUUUUUUUUUUGCCACCAGCUUCAUGCUGGAAUAAUACUGCAUAUCUUUGGUGCAACUGCCUUAGAUUCACUUACCUAGUCAGACCCAGAAGAAUUUCUUUUACCAGCUUUCUGUAUAACUGCUUUUUUUCCCUCUCUCCUUUUGCUCUUUAAAUGGUCUGUUCGACCUUUGGUAAUACUCUUCCUCAUCUUGUACCUAGCUUGAGAAGGAGGUUCUCCAUGUAGAGUUGAGUGCCUAAUCCCUCUUUUUCUAAGGUUUUGUUCCCUCAUCUUAAGGAAUAACAGCUCUAUCUUCACCUUUUUAUUCUCCCUUAAAUUUACAGUUUGUUAGAUUUCAAACUGGAAUAGCCAGCAUGUGCUUGCUAAAUAAUUUUUUACUGGCCUUGUCCUGAAUCCUAACUGUUCUAAUAGCAGGUGUGAAAAAGCUUUUUUUCAGUAAGGUUGAAAUGGGAAAGUCCUUUUGAAUGAGAAGAAAAUAGGCCAUGGACUUCAUCCCCCAGCACAAAUGGGCAUUCUGAGAUAUGGUACAGGCCUGGGGAGGAUUCCUUCAAUCACUCUCCACUCUUGGCCUUGAACCUACCUCUGGGUUGGAUCUUACUGUAGCUGCUCAGAACACCCUCCUGCAUGCUUUGAAUAAUGCUUUGGGGGGAGCACUGAUAAAAAACAGUAAUUAUUUAUUUUUUUUUACCUCCUUUCAGAGGACUUGGAGGUAAGUUGCAUUCAUUCGCUCAAGUUUCCCUCUUGCUGUCUGAUAAAAGCUUGCAUUUUGCAUACCAGCAUUUGAUAGUCAAUAUUUUAAGAUAAGAUUUAGAAAAUCUGUCAUUUCCUGGCCCAUCACCAAACUAACUACAGCUUAUCCUUGCAGCAUACCAAUUUUUGUUUCAAGUUGGAUAUCUUUAUUUGAUAUCUAAAGUGCAAGACCAACGAUAUAUUGAGAGAUCAGUAGACGUGAAGGCAAAGCUUUUGUGUUUUUUUUUUUUUAAUCUGGACACCUCAAUUUAUUUUAUAAAUUUGUUCAUUUUUUCCUGUUAUGUUUUUAUAUAAUAUAUGGACUUAACAAAAUAAAAUAACAAUACAAAGGAAGAAAAUAUUUCCUCUUGUGCCUCUCUUAUUGUUGUCUACAGAAUUUUCUUCUUUUGUAUUUCUCUUCUACUCCCUACUCCCAAAUGAAAUGUACUCAAGUAGUGCUUGAAAUAAUGUCUCAUCCAUUGUUCGGUCAAUAGUGAUACAUGAUCUACAGAGUUGAGAAUUCUGUUCCUCUUAUAUUGCCCCAAAGAGGCAUGUUGUGGAGCAGAGAGAGUUAGGGGGACCACUUCAAGUGGUUAGGGAGAUAAGAAGAUAAGCUGUAAAGCAAAUGGAGAUAGACAUCUAGAAGUCAGGGGAUUUGUGUUCUGGUCCAGACUUGCAUUAAUUAUGUGACCUUGGACAGGUCACUGAAAUACUCUGAAAUUCAUCAGUCAAAUGAAAUAUUUCUAAAUGUAAAGUUUUUUCUGCUUUUGCAGUUCUGUGAAUCACUGAAAAUUCUCUAGGAGGGAAUCUGUUCAAAGAUGUAUUCAUCAGUACUUAUAAAACUAUACAAUCUUCUUACUCUUUUUUCAUUUUGAAAUUCUCAAUGCCCAAAAAUGUUUCUGCUUUCAGAGUAUGUAGGCAUAGUUGGCCAGGGAUGUGGCCCAGUGGUAGAACACUUGCCUAGCAUGCGUGAGGCACUGGGUUCUGUCCCCGGCACCACAUUAAAAAUAAACAACAAUAUUGUAGGCAUAGAACUUAAGAAUAAAAGUAUGGAUGAAACUUUAGUAAAUUUUAGUGUUCUUGGCAUAAAUAUGAUACACAUAGU